CAUCCCCGUCCCCGCCAUUUAAAUCUUCAAAAUCCCCCCUUCACUCUUUCUCUCCUCUUUUUCUCCCCUAAAUAACUGGAAUCCUCCACCAACAUAUACAUACACACUUUCUAUCUCUAUAAUUUCUUCUACUACUAUACUUCACAAAAAAUGAUUUCUCAUACUUACGCAACAGACGCGCAAUCAAAAUCCGCCGACCUCGCCGCCACCAUCGCCGCCGCUUCAACGCCGGAACUAAUCGCCGCCGCGUGCGACGAUAUCGAAUCCUUCCUUCUCAAACACUCGCCCGACCAGUCCCGAUGGUUCUUCUCCGUCACGUUUCCAACCCUAAUUUGUAAAAUAUUCGGUUUCGAUGAACAAAAACCUCAAUUUCAAAACCCUAACGGUAACGGUAACGGCUGGAUUGAUAUUGUAGCUUCCGUCAACGGUUCUGAUAUCUCUAGUAAGAUUUUCAAACUUUUAGCUCCUGAUAGUGUGUUAAUGAAUUCUAUUACUGCUGUUGAUAGGUUAUCUCUUGUUAAAUAUGUUUUUCCGAGUGAACGCUUACCGGAAUGGUUUCGGAUUACGUUACAGAAUAGUAGACAGUGUGUUGUGUUGUCUGAUUUAUGUCCUUUGUUUAAAGGUAGAUUAAGUGAUGAAGUUCCCUACCAAAUUCAGUUAAAUAUAUUGGAAUAUUAUUUAUUUUGGUUUGCUUAUUAUCCGGUUUCCAAAAGUCGUUAUGAUAGUAAUGUCGCGGAUAGUAACAAUGUUAGUGUUAGUAAACGUUUUAGGUUGGAAAGUUGGGCUUAUAAGUCGAUUCCUGUGUUUGGUAGUGCUGGUAAAAGAGGUGGAAAUGAGCGCAAGGAUGGUGAGGCUGGUGGUUUGUAUGUUAGGCUAUUGCGUGCUUACCUUGUUUUUUUUGUGCCGUUGAGUGACUUGAAUGCUCAGUCGCCUUACAGGAGUUCGUUGUUGCAUUACUCUUCCAGUUAUGAUAGUUUGGUUCUUGAGAAUGCAGAGUUUUUUGUUAACACGCUUAUACAUUUUUGGAUAGUGGAAAAUGAUUUCUCCCCUUUACCUGUUAAGUUGUGUAAGUCGUUUGGUGUUGUGCUUCCUCUAAGAUCGGUUUUAGCUGAAGUGCCACCGGCGGCAGGGUUGGGUGAGUUUGUCAAUGUGUUUGUGAAGUAUUUCCAUUCAUGUUUGGUUCCGAGUAGUGUUGAGGGGAGUGAUCAGGUGGAACUUGGUAAAGCUACUAUGUGGAGGGGGACGGGUUCUGUUGAUAUGAAGUAUAGGGAUAUGUUUUCUGGUUUGGGAUCGAUUGCCUAUUGGAACUCUUGUAUCCAGAGGCCACUUUAUAGAUAUAUCUUGAGAGCGUUUUUGUUUUGCCCAGUGGAAGCUUCUGUGAAGAAUGUUUCUCAGGUGUUCUCCCUUUGGGUUAACUAUAUGGAACCAUGGGUUAAUAGUUUGGAUGGGUUUUCAGAGCUUGAUACGAACACAAAUAGUUUGAAGAGAGAUUCUAUGAAGGCGGUUGAGACAUCUCAACCGCGGGAAUAUUCAUCCUCUUGGUCAGGCUUUGUGUUAUCAAACUACCUUUUCUACAGUUCUUUGGUUAUGCACUUUAUCGGGUUUGCUCAUAAAUUCAUUCACACUGAUCCAGAAGUUAUAGUGCAGAUGGUAUCCAAGGUAGUAAACGUAUUAACAUCGUCCAAGGAACUUGUGGACCUGAUAAGAAACGUAGACACUGUAUUUCAUUCCACUCCAGCAGGGUCAUCCAAGUCAACCCUCAAUUCAUUAUACAGAUUUGUACCUUCUAUUCGUGAACAGUUGCAGGACUGGGAGGAUGGCUUAUCUGAAACCAAUGCUGAUGGAUCAUUCUUGCAAGAGAACUGGAAUAAAGAUUUGAAACUAUUCAGCACAAGUGAAGAUGGUGGGCAGCAACUUCUUCAGCUUCUUGCUCUGCGUGCCGAGUCUGAGCUUCAAGUUAUCUCACAUGACAACCUUACUAACAACCUAAUACUUUUAAGUUCCCUAAAGGCCCAGAUGGGAUGUUUAUUUGGCGGCAGUUUCAUAAGAUCUUCAAGCAUUUCAGAGGGAAGCAAACAAUUCGGAAUAUCACAUCAUGAUGUAUUCAGUCCUAGAACUGCUGCGAACCGCCCUAGAAGAGACAUAAGGUACAAGGGUGAUUGGAUGAAGAGACCAAUUUCGCAUGAUGAGGUGGCUUGGCUGGCCAAUCUACUUGUAAAAUUAUCUGGGUGGCUAAAUGAUAUUCUCGGGCUGAAUCCACGGGAAAAUGGUCAUGUGGGUCCCACUACAUGGUCCUAUGUAGAGGUUUCUGGUGAUGCAGAUACCAGUGUUGAUGGACCUAAGGAUACCUUGAGGUUGGUAUUGGGUGCUCUUCGCUCGUGUCUGAUCACAUUUUGGUCAUGGCUGAUCUCAUUGUGUAGGGAGUGUCUGAAGUUCAUGCGAGAACAUGGUAUGAGGGUGAAUUUGAGAGCGUUGGCUUCGAAGAAAAUAUUGACGGUGGUACUUAUUGCCAUUGCAUUUAGUGCGCUCAAGAGAAUGUUUUCCAAGUUCCAUUUGGUCUGACUGAGGGAUGGUCUCACCUUUUCAGGUUGUCUAACUCAAAAUGUUAUUUCGGUGCGAAAGUCACAUAGUUCAUUUGUUUUUUUCAAGAAUAGAAAUGUGCAGUUUGUUUUUCAAGUCUUUGAAUCUGAUACGUGUUUGAAAGGGGAGAUUUUCGGGUUUAGCAUCCUCUGUAAAUUUCUACUUUGUCGUUAAAUAUUUUUAUAUAUUUGAGAUACGAUAUUUCUAAUCAAGAAUAAUCAAACUAUGAUAUGGCUCGACUGGAUUCUUUUCAUUCA